GGCUUUCAUAAACACAAACAAACACAAACUAAAUUCCAAAUUUCAAGACUCCUACCCCCCGUUUGUAGAUUAUAUAUUGACGCAGUUGCUCCCCACUGACCCCACCAAGAGAAAAUGACAUCUGGAAUCGAUAUGAGUCGCGAGUGCAAGCAUGUCUUUGAGCAGAUACGCAAGUUGAAACAGCAUCGUUAUGCUAUCUUCGUUAUCCAGGAUGAGAAUGAGAUCAAAGUGGAAAGGUUGGGAAUGAGAGAAUCGAACUAUAGUGACUUUCUGGAGGAUUUACGAAGGUCGGGACCAAAUCAAUGCCGUUUUGCAGUCUACGAUUAUGCCUAUCAGCAUCAGUGCCAGGGUACAUCGUCCACAUGCCUCAAGGAGAAGUUAUUCCUAAUGCUCUGGUGUCCCACGUUGGCCAGGAUCAAGGAUAAGAUGCUGUACUCCAGCACGUUUGCGGUGCUUAAAAAGGAAUUUGCAGGCAUUCAGAAGUGCAUUCAAGCCACAGAUUUGGAUGAGGCCUGUUGCAAUUCUGUCGAGGAACAGCUACGUUCGUUGGACAGGGAAUAGCCGGCAUCCUUGUUGUUGUUUUUUCAUUCUCCUUGAAAUACAGUAAGGCUCUCAUCCAAUGGGCCAUCCAGUUA